AUGUGGCUCGUGAUCGAUUGUUUGCAGCGAGGAAGUGUUCGGGCGCCGAGGUUGCGCACGUCGCGGUCGCACGAGUCGCUGUUGUCGCCGCCGCCGAGUCCGGCCCAGGCGUUGAUGCUGAGCAGCGUGGACCUGGGGCCAGCAUCUGGGGAAGUGCGUGUGCAGGCGCUGCAUCCGUCCGUGCUGGGCCAGGAGCACUGUUUCCAGGUGUCCGCCCCGCACGCCGGCGCCACGGCCUACUUUGCGUGUCGCGGACCCGCUGAACGGGACCGUUGGGUCCACAGCAUCAAGCGAUCUAUUCAACCGGAGCAGGAACACAUGCGGCGGAAAGAGAACUCGCUGAAAAUAUGGGUACUGGAGGCAAAGAAUAUCGCCCCGAAGAAAAGGUAUUUCUGCGAGGUGAGCCUGGACAGAACCUUGUAUGCUCGCACGUCCUCCAAGCCCAAGAGCGAGUUAUGUUUCUGGGGCGAGCAAUUCGAGUUUUCGAAUUUGCCAAACGUGUCCUCCAUCUCCAUCAGUCUUUUCCGAGAAGGGGAGAAGAAGAAGCGGAAGGACAAAAGUUCGCUAGUCGGAACGGUAACCAUACCAGUUCACUCGGUGACAUCCAGGUACCUCAUUGAGAAGUGGUACAUGGUUCAGCCUGAAAGCCGAAGUUCCUCGUCAUCUUCGCGAGAUCCGCCCUCGUUGAGGAUCAAGUGUCGAUUCCAGUCCGUCGACAUCCUCCCGCUCGAAGUCUACGACGAAUUCCUACAGUACAUGAGUUCCUCGUACGGCAGUCUGUGUGGGAUGCUGGAGCCGAUUAUCAACAUCCGGUCGAAGGAGGACAUCGCCACGUGUCUAGUCUCUGUCAUGCAACGUCUUGGCAAAGCCCAAGAUUUCCUCGCUGACAUUGUUAUGAUGGACAUCCUGCGUGUCGAUGACGAACACUUGACGUUCAGAGGAAACUCGUUGGCCACGAAGGCCAUGGAGGCAUACAUGAAGCUGGUUGGAGAACGGUAUUUGAGGGAAACUUUACGAGAGCCGAUCAGGGCUUUGCUGAGCGGCGAGAACGCAAAUGGCAGUCCGAAUAAUGCCGGCAUUCUCGACUGCGAAGUUGACCCGUUGAAAAUCCCGUCGCAAAGUAUUCUCGUGAAGAACCAGACGAACCUGGCACAAGCCGUAAUACGAUUCUGGACGCGCAUUUACAACUCCUUCGCUGUAUUCCCUGUUGAAUUGCGAGAUUGUUUCGCAACGUUGCGGAGCCGACUGAAGGCGAGAGGCAAAGAGGAGCUGAGUGAUCAUCUUAUUUCGGCGUCUAUUUUCCUACGCUUCUUGUGCCCUGCGAUUUUGUCGCCGAGUUUGUUCAACCUGACCCAAGAAUAUCCGGAUGAGAAAGGAUCCAGACAUUUGACACUAGUAGCGAAGACGCUGCAAACACUGGCUAACUUUACUCAGUUCCAGAGCAAGGAGUCUUUCAUGGAAUUCUUGAAUCCGUUCCUCGAUCGAGAGGCACCUACAAUGCGUACUUUCCUUAAGCAGAUCUCUAGUCCAUUGCCCAAAGAUUCCAGAGCGCCCGAGUUUGAUGGGUACAUUGACCUGGGCAAACAAUUGUCAAUUUUGCACACUUUGUUGAGCGAGACGAGUCCGAAACUUGCAACGAAGCGUCCUGCUCGAGACCUGAACACCGCUGAUGACUACGUUCUCUUCAGUGCCUUGGAUUCUGAAGGUCGCCCAGUUCCGAGAACUCAUCAACAGGCGCACUACUACGGGCAUCACGGGUACAAGCAACAACCCGGGUUCCCCGUGGGCUUGGGUUAUGGUCGGAAUCGUCAGUCCGGGUCUGUCGACGCCAACGGGAACGGACACCACGACGACUACGCGGAACGAAUGCGUUUCAUUGAUGAGGUGAACGAGGGCCACUCGAGCGGCAACGACGCUGCUCCGGAGAACAUUCGUGGAAGUCAGUUGAGCAUUGGUCAGUUGUCCAAUAUGGCCUCGUCCGGGUACCAAAGCUUUGCUUACGAGAGCUCUAGUCCGGUGGAUCCUACGAUCAACCACGAUGCUGCCAGUAACGGGAGCCACAAAGCUGGUUCCUUGCACGAAGGGAACGGACACCAUCACGUUUCUGGACGUUGCAAGGACGGUCGCUACGGCGCCACUGUAUCCGCCUUGGCGUUCAACAACCCCAUGUACAACCUGGGCCACGGCAACAAGCACAGCCCGUCGAGCUCGCUGAGCAGUGCGCAAAGCGUCGAGGACCUUCGCCUCUUGCACCGACCAGCAACGGCGCCGCAUCAACUGUCCACGUCGUCGGAGGAGAGCGGCAGUCUGGAUACUCCGCCGCGGGAGCGCCGCUUCUUCAAGCCCGUGGUGCCGCGAACUAACCCUCGUGUCGGACUGCAACGGUCGCCCAGACUCGGCGUCCAAUCCUUGUCGUCUCAGGCUGCGCCGGUUCCUGUUAUGCCGGCAGAAGUGCCUCAGCGGCGCAGACACAAGUUGGCUCGUCGCGUUUCGACCGAAUGCAUCAGCGAGCAAUCGAAUCGGAACAGCACCGGAAGCACGAGCACCGGAACUUUGCACAAUUCCGCGAGUAACGGGAACUGGGACUCGGACGACUCGAGGGAGUCUGCUGAGCAAAGGUCCAUCAGCGGAUCCAAGACUUCUUUGGUUCGAGGUCGAAUGGCGAAGCCCUCUCGCAGCAACGAGGUCAUCUUGGAUCCCAAGGGACUGAAUGACGAUCCCAGCACGAUAUACGAGAGGGAGAUUGCGGAAUUGCGUGUGCAAAUGGAAGCUUUGCAAAUCAAGUUGAACGCUGCUGAGCAACGAUUGCAGAAGGGGGACCUUUCGACGCAUGACAACGCGCACGCUGAGUAUCUCGACAGACGUCGAGCUAUCAUCAGGGCUGCCAACAGCGCCCUUUCGCUCGGGGGAAACACGGACCGUGAUGAGCAGCUGAAGCAUAUCAUUGCUAAACUGCUGACGGUUGAGGACGAGUUGAGGAGGGAGCAAAGCACGAUGGCCAGUAUGAUCAACGUGAAGCAACAAGUAAUCCACGCGCAGGAAGAGAAGAUCCAGGCGCUGGAUGCCGCCAACUCGCGGCUGCUCGGGGCGCUGUCCCAGCUCAAAGACCGCUACUCCAACUCCCUUCUCCACACAAAGAAUGGGUACAAUGGGCACGCGCGAAACAAUGGCAACCCUUCGUCAACCAACAACGGCAACGGGUCGUCGCAAUCGUCGACGGCGUCCCAGCCGCCAUCGACGGAGGCACAGCCUACUUCCAGUCCACACCCGAACAAAUUUCCUGGGAAAUUAACCGUGGACUUCGACGUCCUCAACAGCCCCGAGCUGAAGAGCAGUUUGUGUUGAAUGUUCCUCUUGCGCUGUGUGAAGCGCAUUAACGUACAAGUUCAUUUUUUCGAACUGCUCUUUUUUGUUUUUCUUCCCACUUCCUUUGAAAAAGAUUGGACCAAUUUUUGUUAUCAAUCAACGUAUCAAUAUCAGCAAAUGGAUUCGGAAAUGUUGUACUGUAUAUUGAAGGAAAGCCAAAGAUUUUUUUUUCGUUUUUACCCGCGGACAAGACGCGAAAGCGGAGCGUUUUAAACAUUAUCGUAACACUUGGAACGUUUGAACGAAUGCAAGCUGAGGAACAAGAUAGCACACGACGUGUUUGUUUUGCUUCUGCUUUAUUCGGGUUUCUGCACCGCAUGGAAUUCUACGUGUUGCGCUUUGUUACUCACUCAAAAAUUUGGUAAGAACGUAGCCCGGUUUUU